CCCAAAUCCGGGUCCAACACGGGCCCAGAUCCGGGCCUAAAAGUAAUAAUGAAGGAUGGUCAAUGUAAGGUAGUGAUUAGUCAAAUACUCAAAACAAUGAAAAACUCCAUUAAUCCUGCAAAAGGCCGACAUCUAUAAAAGACGAGAUUUUAAUUUUAUUUACCAGUUGUUUAACUGUAACCAUCAUUUUUUUUUAUUAAGGUCUGAUCAAUUUAUUUAAACAUCCCUUCUUGAUGCUUAGAUAUUCAACAUCAUUUUAUUUGACCCACGACCCACCCGAUUAAUAAUUCAUUCAGUCCCACUUUUUUCUUCCUUUCAUCACGCCAUUGCCAUUUAAAUACUUCUCUUUCUUCAACUAUCAUGUGCAUUUGAGCUUACUUUCACCGUCAAUGGCGGAACUUAGAACCUCUAUUAGAGGUAGUCGAAGUCUUGGUCGAGAUAAAAGUCCUGACUCUGUGAUUUUGAAUUUUGAGUCUCAGUUUAGUAGUCUUUUUUCAUCGGCUUCUGUGAGUGUAGAUCGUUCUUCUUUCGCUUCUGAUGCUCAAGAUCAUGAUUCGUUUACUUCCGAAGUUUCUCAGCGAUUGAGUGUAGGAGGUAGUGGUCCAGAUCUAAAUCAACAAGUACUAAGCAACAAAAACAAUAACUGUAGGUUCGUCAGCGAAAAAGUUGAAAAAGUUAAAGACAAGAAAUUAGUACAUCAGUACUGUCAUCUUGAUCAUGAAAUUGAAACCUUAGAUUCUGCCAGAAGCUCCUUUUCACAAGCUCUUAAAGAAUGCCAGGAAAGAAGAUCUAGAUCUGAUGCUUUUAUUAAAAAGUUAGACCGGCGAAGACCGGCUUCAUUAGAUCUUAAUAACUCAUCUGGUGUUGCUGUGAAUGUGGUGAAUUCAUCACCUAAGUUUGGUGGAGUGAUGAAGAAAGUUUCAGGUUGUGCAGUUACACCUCGAAAAUCUGGGAAUUUUCCGAGCCCUGGAACGCCUAAUUAUCGCCAUGGGAGUGUCGGUAUUGCGAAAGGAUGGAGCUCAGAGAGAGUUCCAUUGCCUUCAAAUGGUACUAAUAGAAGGCAAAGUGGUGCUGCAUUGCUGCCCUUGACUAAUAAUGGAAGGGGGUUGCCUUCCAAAUGGGAGGAUGCGGAGCGGUGGAUUUUCAGUCCAGUGUCAGGGGAUGGAGGUGGGAGAGCAUCAUCAUCGUCGUCACAUCAACAGCCAAUGAGGCGGCCCAAGUCAAAGAGUGGUCCGCUUGGGCCGCCAGGGCUUGUGUACCAUUCACUGUAUUCGCCUGCAGCUCCUAUGUAUGAGGGAGGCAACUUUAGCAAUCAUAUGGCAGGAUCACCUUUUUCAACUGGAGGAAUGCUGGCAGAAGGUUGGUCUUUUUGUGUGAGCAGUGAAAGCAAAGGCUUUUCCAAUAAUUUAGAGCCUUGUAUUGCUCGUUCUGUGAGUGUGCAUGGUUGCACUGAUCUUGUCUGUCAAGAUUCAUCUCUGACCAGCUCUCAAGAUGAAAGAGUUGAUGACGUGAAGGAUGCUGCCACUACUGUCUCUCGUACUGUUUCUAGGAGAGACAUGGCAACCCAGAUGAGUCCUGAAGGUAGCUGCCAUUCCUCCCCUAGAAGGUCUUAUUUCUCCCAAUCCAACCCUUCCAAUCUACAAAUUAUGGAGGUGCAAAGUGUUGGUUCCUCAAAACCAGAAAUAAGAGAUGUGCAGGUUGAUGAACGAGUCACUGUGACGCGAUGGUCAAAAAAAUAUAGAGGGCGCAAUCCAAGUAAAGUAUCGGAGGAUGUUGAUGAGUGGAAAUUAAAAGCAGUAGAGCCACGUUCUUCUGCUUGGGAAGUGUCUGAGACUGUAAAGAGCCUGUCAAAGGCCAGGAGAGAUGAAGCUAAAAUCACUGCAUGGGAAAAUCUGCAGAAGGCGAAAGCUGAGGCAGCCAUAAGGAAACUUGAGAUGAAGCUGGAAAAGAAAAGGUCGUCAUCAAUGGAUAAGAUUUUGAAGAAAUUGAGAUCUGCUCAAAAGAAAGCCCAGGAUAUGAGAAGUAGCAUACUUACUAACCAGGCUCUUCAGGUGUCUAAAACUGGAAGUAGUACAAUGUCGUUCAGAACUCGUCAGAUGGCUUCCCUCAGUGGUUGUUUUACGUGCCACGCUUUUUAAACAAAAGAAGAUUGCUACCGACAAAUGGUGUUUGGCUUGCAUCGUUCCUUCAGUUGAAAGCAAUAGCAUACAACUGAAUGACUGAUACAUAGCUGAUAGCAUGAUGGCUUGCUUCAAUUCAAUACUACAAUGACUAGCUAAACGAGUGGCGCCUAUUCAGCUUAAUUGCGCGCAUAAGAUAUAUUGUGGAAAUUUGGUUGGUUUUCUUGUCUCUUUACUUUCUUCUUUCCUUUUUUUUGGGUUGGGGAAAAUGACUUGGAAGGAUCGGAAUUAUUUUUUAUUUAUAUUAUCAAGAAAUGAGUUUGAUAAUAAUGUAUGGGCUGUAUUUGUAGUAUUCCUUCUAUUUAUUUUCCCUUAUAUCUUGUGGGAUGUUUCAUAUAUAAUGUAUAUGAAUGUUUUGAUUGUCAUCAAAUAUUUCCGCUGCUCAAAAUAUGAGCUGAUCGAGUGUA